GUUUCGUGUCCUUUAUUCUUUGGCAUUCUUCUUUCCCAUUAAAUUCAAUGAACUCUGCUUUGUUUAAUCAAAUCCCGAUCUCAUUUCACGCGCUUUUGCUGAUUCGGUAUUUCAACGCUUGUUUUUCCUGAUUUUCUAACCAUUUUUUUGCAUACAGUUUAUGUGAGUAGGUGAGGAGUCGUGUACAGUAUGGGAGGGGUUUGCUCGGGAGGAACGGUUCGUAGAAAUAGAAAAGCUCCGGACGUUGAGCGCGCGAAGAGUUCGGGGUUUUCGGGGAAGCUGAAGUCGGUAGGGAGUUUUUCGAGGCAGAAGAAGCAGAAGAGUGAUGAGGAUGUUGGUGAUGAUGAAUCGUUUUCGUUUUCUGCUGGAGUGGAGGAGGUUAAGAAGGCGCCGCAGCGCAGAUUGUUUGAUUCCGGCGAGCUGUAUCAGUCGGUGAUGUCCGGGGAAUUGAAUUCAUCAGCGCCGGCCAGGGCACCGGCGUACAAGACACCUCAAAUGACAUCAUUUCUUGGAAAGGCGGGCAUAGUAGGUCUAGAGAAAGCAGUGGAGGUUUUAGAUACUCUAGGUAGUAGCAUGACCAACUUGAAUUCUGGUGGGUUUACAACUGGUGUGUCUUCGAGGGGAAAUAGAAUAUGUAUAUUAGCAUUUGAAGUUGCCAAUACCAUAGCCAAAGGUGCAAACCUGUUGCAGUCUUUGUCAGAAGAAAAUGUCCAAUUCCUGAAAAAGGAGGUUUUGAAUUCAGAAGGGGUGCGACAACUGGUUUCUACUGAUAUCGAUGAACUUCUCAGGAUUGCGGCUUCUGACAAAAGGGAAGAAUUCGAAGUAUUCUCCCGUGAGGUUGUCAGAUUUGGAAAUUUGUGUAAAGACCCACAAUGGCACAAUUUGGAUAGAUUUUUUUCUAAGUUGGACUCAGAUACCGAUAUCAGUAAACAACUAAGAGAAGAUGCAGAAAUGACUAUGCAAGAACUAACUUCUUUGGCCCAGCAUACAUCUGAGUUGUAUCACGAGUUCCAUGCUUUGGACCGAUUUGAGCAAGAUUACCAGCGGAAGCUGGACGAAGUAGAUUCGUUGCACCUUCCUCGAAAAGGAGAAAGUCUGGCGAUGUUACAGACUGAGCUAAAACAUCAAAGAAAACUUGUAAGGAGCUUGAAAAAGAAAUCUCUGUGGUCUAAAAGUUUAGAGCAGGUCGUGGAGAAGCUUGUUGACAUUGUUACGUUCAUUCACCAGGAAAUUCCAGCAGUAUUUGGAGAUAAUGGGUUGUCACAUGCUGGAAAGGUUUCUAGCAGUAAGACAGAGAGACUAGGGGUUGCUGGUCUUGCUUUACAUUAUGCUAACAUAAUUACUCAGAUUGACAACGUAGCAUCCCGUCCUACUUCUCUCCCCCCAAACAUGAGAGAUACAUUGUACAAUGGAUUGCCACCAACCAUCAAGACUGCACUUCGCUCACGGCUACAGACUGAUACUAAGGAAGAGCUGACUGUUCGUCAAAUCAAAGAUGAGAUGGAAAAAUCUCUCCAAUGGCUUGUGCCAGUAGCAACAGAUACUACCAAGGCACAUCAAGGUUUCGGAUGGGUUGGAGAAUGGGCCAACAAUGGUAACGAAUUCGGAAAGAAAACUGCCACACCCAGUAACCUGAUUCGCCUCCAGACCCUGUAUCACGCUGACAAACGUAAGGUGGAUUCCUGCAUCCUUGAGCUAGUUACUUGGCUGCAUCGUCUGGUAAGUCUCGUGCGGUAUAGAGAUAACGGACUCAAGGCUCUGCCACAGCGCUCCCCAACUCGCAAAGGAUCAAACAUAAACAUUGAUAAACACAGCGACAAGGCCAAAACCCAUAAAGCUCAACUGUCUUCCGAGGAUAGAAACCUAUUAGAAGAUGUGAUGAAGAGGCGGAAUUUGGUCCCCGGGCUGAGCAAAAGCCAGGAAUUCGUGAAGAGUCGGAAGAACAAGGUUUGGGCACUAAGCAGGAGCACCGGGAACUCACCGCGAAGAGAAAUAAAGCAUCAGACUGCAGCCCAUGUGUUGGAUGUAUUAGAUGGUUUGGAUACAUCCUUUUCAGUUCCCAGUGGAGAUCUCAUCAGGUGAAUAUUAAAAAUCCAUUCUUUCAUUUGAUUCUGCUCAAAUAUAUGAAUCUUGGGCCGUAUUGUAUAUAUCCAUGUCGUGAGGAAUAUGUUAUAGCGUGGUAUUAAUACAUCCCUAUAUAUAUAAUACAUCUACAAUUUUUGUAUUCAAA